GUAAGACACGUUUCAUUUGCUUAUUAAUGAGCGCGCGAGUGUUGUGAAAGAAGGCCUAUGUGAACGCAUGUUUGCGUGCCCUAUAGCCCUAUUUCGGAUAGGUUUUGUCAACAGGUCAUGCAUUAGGCUUAUGCAUUUUUCUCUCGUAAAGUUGGCCUGCAAAAUGUUUUUUAUCUAUAUUUGCAUCGUGAUUAGUUCAACUUCAAAAAGAAAAUCGAUGGAAGACGAUUCGAUUCGCGCGAAUGCUUUUUGCAAGUGGAAAUCCGACAAUGGUGAUGGUACAUUUUCUAGUUUAUCAAGCAAGAAAGCAAAAUGUUCCAUAUUGUUUGCUGUUUACGUUACAAGAGAUAAAAAGUCAGUUUAUGGAAUGAACUUUGAGAAAAAAGGUCUUACGUUGGACAAGGAUUGUGAUAUUUCUUCUUGUCCAGUUGCUUCAACCGAAAAACCAACGCUUUCUUUGCUGACCUUUCGUCAGCCUUCAUCGUCAUCUAAAAUAACCUUGGCAACAAAGCUAUCUGGUGUUAUAAGCGGACCAAAAAAUGAAAAGAUCACUCCAGAAAAUACGAAGAUCACACCAUCAUCUUGGCCAUCAGGGAAAAUCGUUGAGAAAACGGGUUCAACAAAACCAGCCAAUGACAUAACAGGGUCGUCAACCGAAUCCUGGUUAACUACAACUGUUUUUAUAUCGGCAACUGCAUUUGCUUUUGUUUUCGGAAUCAUUGUUGUUGCGAUCAUCUUAGCUUGCAAAAAAGCUUUACAAAAAAAGGACCGUUUUCAUUUUGUGUAGAACGUUUUCAUUUUGAGUAGACCGUUGACUAACAUUGUAACCCUAACCCUAACAAGACUAACAUUGUAAAUAAUUAAAAAAUGAAGCAAAAAC